ACAAACGACAGCGCCAGUUUCGACUGCUGCUUAAAAUGGGAGAUUAUGGUGAAGAGAAACAAUUCGUUGUGGAAGGUAGAAGCUGUACCUUGUUUGAUGAUCAGGAAAAAGCUUGUGAAGUUGAUAGUGAAAGGCUUUUGAUACCUUGGUGCGGUGACAAAUCAAUCUUAAUUGAUAGGUUCGAUGGACGUGGUUAUCUCAUUGAUGUUUGCGAAGAUUUCGAGCGCGAUUUAAGUCCUAAUGAUUACUUAUCUGAAGAAGAGAUUGCCAUUGAAAAGAUGUGCGAUUUUGAACGUUAUUUGGAAAUGCAAGUGGACGUCCAUGAACUCUCUAUUCAAGAUGGUGAGUUUACUUUUGUAUUUGUGUUUUGAUGUGUUCUGCAAUACCACCCUUGCUGAUUGUUAAUGUGAUCUUAGCUUUUGAGUCGACACAUCUUUGGUAAACGUAUAUUGACAGCUUCAUCCUCGUGGUAAGUUAUGUUCAUCAAAAGAGUACAAUAUUUUUAUCUUGAUAUUUGCUGUGAUUUUCACUAAAUUAACGUUUGGGUUUUUCUGUUCAUUAAUGCAUCCACUACACAUUUUAUGCUCCAGAGAUUAACACCUUUUACGUCUGUUUAUAUCUUGCAGGUUGUUUUUUGGAGUGGGACAUGCAAUUCGAGCCUGAUGAGGCUAUGGGAAUAAGCAUACUUUCAAUGUAAUUAAACAUAAGUCGUUUUUAAAAAAAACUGUUACACUUAUGUUUUCCAUUCCCAUAUUUAUCAUUCGUCCGGUUUUUUGUUUUACAGAAGAAGCCCGGAAACGUGAAAAUGAACGAUUUCGCAAUGACUAUGGAGCUGUUAGCUUCUCUUACAAUGAAAGCGCUUCUAAACCAAAUGGCGACGAAUCAAACAAGGAAUCAACUGAGCCUGGAAGUAACGAGCAGCGCACUGAGGAACCAUAUACUUGUCCUCCUGAGCUACAACAACUCUUGUCGAAUUUCCAACUUCCAGAAUCCGAUAAACAAGCUCACAUUAUUGAGAAGACUGCUGUUUUUGUUUCUCGACAAGGAACUCAGAUGGAAAUAGUUCUCAAAGCCAAACAACAUAAUAAUCCACUAUUUGGCUUUUUGACUUAUGACCAUCCACUUAAUCCUUUCUACAAAGAAAUUGUGAGAUUAAUUUCUCAAGGUCGUUACAUUCCGAAACCUCGUCAGACUACAGAUAAACCAACUGGGACACUCUUUACCAGUGCAAACGAGUCAAACAAGUCGAUUCAUGAAGAUGUUUAUGAAUUGAAGUUACCAAAAGUCGACAUUUCAAAUACAUCCUAUGCUUCUUUAAUAUCAAAGUUCAAGAAAAUUAAUGAGAUGGCUGCAGCUGUUGCAGCUGCAAAUCGUGCUACUGCUGCCUCUGAUGUACAGUCUUCUGUCACUAUUCCUGAGAUACAAACAGAAACAGAGCGUCCUCUUUGCGACCUUGAGGAGGUGGAUAGUAGUUCUUCGGAAGGCCUGAAAGACAAUAACAGACCUUCGGAUUCAGAAAAAACAAGGACUCCUUCACCACAACAUGAAGUGCAAGCCGAGGUCUCUGCAACUCGUGAAAAUGCUGUUGAUAUUUCAUUCGUUUCUACAGACAAUGUCACUUCAGAAUUAGUAGAUCCUUUAUCUCCCGAAGAGUAUGAGCGUAUUUAUCAGGAGUAUUAUAAACACUAUUAUACCCACUACUACACACAUUAUUCCAACCAAUGGGCUUUAUCUGAACAUAUCAACGAUGAAAGUUUCAAUAUUGUUCAAGAAGCAGCCAAGGCAGCUGCUAUAGCAGCUGCGGCUGCAGUCAAUGUUGUCCAACAAACCCGUCUAAAAGCCAAUGCUCCGGUGAUAUUUGAACCUCCACUGAGUGAUGAACAGCGUGGUAUCAUAAAUAAAAUGGCAGAAUAUGUUGUUCGUAAUGGUUUAGAAUUUGAAGAACUAGUCAUUCGUCAGAAAAGUAAAGAUCCACGAUUCGGAUUUCUAAAAUCAGAUCAUCCUUUGCAUUCGUUUUACAUGGCUAAACGAAAAGAACUGGAUCCUGAUGAUAGUUUGACUAAAGCUGCAGAUUCAAAUUUUAAUAAUAUUCCUCCACCAAAAUCAUCUAAAGUAAGCUCAUCAAAAAAAUCAGAUUCAGCUGAGAAACCAGAAACAAUGUUUCAAGGUAAAGCAAAGAAUGAUUCACCUAAAAAUCUUCAGUCUUCAGAUCCUCGUAAGGAAAAAAAGGAUGAUUUGGAGGCCUAUAAUUCGGAACGUCAAACAGGUAUCAGUUUCCGAUUGGCUCGUCCGAUUCCACCCAAAUCUCAAUCCACUCAAAAUACAGAAGCGUCAGCGGGAGAAAUUAUGGACAUAAUUGAAGCCGCUGCACUAGAGUACUCAGAGUCUGUUUCUAAAAGUUCAAAACGAACUGAGGAACAACUUAGUAGGUUAUUGAGUCAUUCAAAAAGUAACAAUCAGUUAAAAUCAAAGAAGAGAAAAACUCAUUCUCCGAAUAUGCAUGUAAUACCUGGUAUUCCUAGUCCGAGCUCAUCGUCUUCCUCGGAAUCAUCUCCGCUUCAAGCUGGAAGUCCAUGCUCUUAUACAAAUCGUUCUAGUGACGCUUCAAAUUCAAAUUCUGUUUGUACAUCACCCUCCAUAUCCGUUGAGCGACACGAUAGAAAUAAACCGCUGCAUAACAUUCAGUCUACUGUUCAAUCUCUUUGUAACAUCAGUUCACCUUAUGACAAUAAUUUAUGUUCGCCUGUGGAGUCAGUAUCUAAUUCAAGUUCACACUUAACUUCCAACUGGCCUUCUUGUGCUCUUGAAGAUUUAUUAGAUAUACACGAACCUACUAGUCUUCUAGACUUCUCUGCCGAUGGUUAUCAAGUUACGAUCCCUACAGCUAAAGAGGAGCGUCUGCGUGAGGAAAGGCGUAAAAAAGCUGCUCAGCUGGUUACUCAGUUGAAGUUAACUAAUUCUAUAACUAAAGCAAACACAGAUACCAGUACAACAAUGUCUAGAUCUUCGACAGUUGAUACUGCAUCAACAACAGUUAAUCGAUAUCGUUCGUCACCCCCACCAGCUCCUGACUCAGUUCCUGCGGCUGUUGCUCAUGCUGUAGUCGCUAACAUGAAACGUCAUCGAGAAGCCUUGGAAAUCGAAAACAAAGCUCGUAAAAGGCGUCAUCGUUCACCACCAGCCGCUUAUGCACUUACGCGUAAUCGAAUGCCUGACAGAUCUCCAAGGGGAUCACCAACUCCUAAAUGUGAUUCUUAUAGUCGUGAAGGCCCAAGAGAUUGGGACGAUCAUCAUUUGAAGUCCAAGAAAAAACAUAAGAAAUCUCAUUACUAGUUACGUUGUAAAAACUUAAAUGUAAACAAAUGUACAUAUUUAUAUUAUAUUGUGAUCGUGUAUUAUUACGCAGAAAUGUGAUUCUCUUGGAUCUUUUUUUCCCUCAAUUCUGAGCAUACGAAAAAUAAUCCUGUAUAAGCUACAACAGUAUAACAAUUUUUCAAACUGUUCGAUUUGUAUAAUAUAUACGUAAUACUAGUAGAAUUUGUUUCUAAACAACCUUGAUCUGUACUGACUGUCAGUUCAUUUUGUUUACAUUUCAACUAUUCUGGCA